AUGUUAUCAGCUAGAGCGAACAUUCAAAACAUCGCAGGGCCAAACGUAGCAGAGCUAAGUUGUGAUGAUGUGAGGAUUGAGUUUCACCAGUUUCAUGUCAAAAUUCCUCAGUUUCUUACAAUCUUAAGAAUUCUCAAACAGCACGAAAUGCUUCAAAAUGUUUCGAUUCCUAAUAAUAUCAGAUCAUUUUGCUUCAAUAGGUUUAUCUUCGAUUAUUGGGAUACUUUCAAAAAGAUCUUGGAAAAGAUUCAAAGAAGAAACAUACGUGCUCCAGAGUAUCAAGGGUUGGUGAACGACCUUAGAAAUGGAGAGACAAGGCAGAUUAAUGAACUAUUCGAAUACAAUGGAUCGUACGAUACUUUUGUAAUUCACUACUUUUUCUUGUUUUUCAUUGAUGGACAAAGGGGAGGAAGGACGUGUCAUUAUAUGGCCCACAAUAGCAAAAUUGGUCUAUAUGGAUGCUUCCAAUACAUACCUUUGUCCAUUUUGAAAAAGCAAGUCGACCUUUCCAUUGGCAAUCGUAGAGUUAUUCGACCUGCUUUGCCUCAAAGAAACACAUCCACACCUAAUCCAGGCGGUGGAGGACCACCGCACCAAGCAAGCGCAGAUGCUGGCCCGCCCUUUUUGGAUAAUGAGUCCUUUAAUUUUGAUGAUUCACUAUUCGAAUUGGAAUAA